AUGUCCGACCGAGGGCCCUCAUCAGCAGAGCCCAUCCAAUCGGGCUCAUCGACUCCGCCAGGCAGCCCUUCGCCAUCGCUCUCAACCGACGAACACUCGAAACUCUUGAAGAUCUGGUCCCGGAAUUUACGCUUCCCGGCGGCUGCCCAGCCCGAAAUUAUCAGAGCGGAUCAGAAGGAUGCCUAUUUUGUCGACUCCCUGCAAGAUCAGAUUGAACCCUUGGUGAGGGCUAUGAAAGGUUCUCGAUGGGUCAAUAACAAUUCGGCAAAACUACAGGAAGCUAGCAAAUUGAUUUACUUAUCAUUGACCACCUUACCAGGUUCUCAAACUCUAGGAGAAGAGUAUUGCGAUAUUGUUCAAUUUGAUGCAUUCACCAACACCCUUCCUCCCCUAUACCGCAGAGUGAUUUUGAUAUUUGUUGAAGUAUUUUCUGCGAGGUUGUUGGCCAAACUCUACGAUCGUAUCCGACAAUACAUAGCAAGAUUGAAUGAUCGGUACUCAACAAGCAAUGAAGAUCAUGCCUCAGAACCCUCUCAAAGCGAAUCAAGGUUCGAAUCAGCCAAGAAGCAGUUGUGCCUAUUACUAGGUUAUCUUCCCAACAGUCUCGAUCGGUCCACCCUCGAUUCUUGCAACGCUUUGCACCUCUCCAUCUUUUAUUUGACCGGAAAAUAUUUUACGUGGACCAAGCGAUUCAGUGGGAUUACUUAUAUCUCCGACCGACUGAGACCAUUGAGACCAGAUGGACUUGGUCGAGAGUCACCGCCAUCGUACGAGGUCUUGGGGGUGCUCAUGAUGAUCCAAGUAGCCGUUAAGGUCUUGGAAACGCACCGACAAGUCAGGCGGAGACGUGAGCUGUUACGACUAGCUUCAGAACCGGCACCAGUUCUCGACGAAAAAGAGAGCGACCCCAAGAAAUCAAAACGAGUGCUCACGGUUGAUGGACGCUUGAUUGACGAGAUCAUGAUCGAACCUGAAGAAGAGGACGAUGAUGGCUUGGGCGAAGAGCCUGAGAAGGAAAAGCUAGAGGAACAAGAUAUCGUAGAAGAUUGUCCGGAGGGUGUCUUGAUUGAUGAUCUAUCUGACCAAGUCACCACUCGACGAUGUACGCUGUGCUUGGGGCCUCGAAAAGAACAAACCAGUUUGGAGUGUGGUCAUGUAUUUUGUUGGAGAUGUCUUGUCAGUUGGGUAAGAGAAAAAGUCCGCUACCGCGCCUUGGUGACAAACACCAAGAAACAUCAAAUCUUUACAAGUGGGAAAUCUGAAGAAUUGUCUAUGAAAGAGAGUUGCAACCUUGUCAUGUCAGCACAGUGA